CGGUGACGUUUCGCACACGUGCGCGGAGGACGCGCCUGUGACUGGGGAGGAGGCGGCGGCGGGAGGGGGCGCUGGAGGGGGAGAGGGGGGCACCCACUUCCUCCUGCUCGCCGGCUCCCUGGCCUGGGACGGUCCCGGCGCCCUCGCACCCGUCCCCGGCACCGCCACCCUCCCUCUCCUCUCCCCACCCCCCCACCGGCGCCCGCCCUCGCCCGGUGCCGCCGGUCUCUUCGGCCCUCCGGGCCCCCUCUCCAGCCGGUCCCCCACCUCCCCCUGGAGCUAGGCUGGUUUCGGAAAUGCCCUUACAGCAGCAGGCAAAGCGAAGGCUGGAGCUAGGAGAAAGCGGUCAUCAGUACCUCUCAGAUGGUUUAAAAACCCCCAAGGGCAAAGGAAGAGCUGCACUACGAAGUCCAGAUAGUCCAAAAAAAAAAACGCGGUAUGAUACGUCCCUUGGUCUGCUCACCAAGAAGUUCAUUCAGCUCCUCAGCCAGUCGCCCGAUGGGGUCUUGGAUUUGAACAAGGCAGCAGAAGUGCUAAAAGUGCAAAAGAGAAGGAUUUAUGAUAUCACCAACGUUCUGGAAGGCAUCCACCUCAUUAAGAAGAAGUCUAAAAACAACGUCCAAUGGAUGGGCUGCAGUCUGUCUGAGGAUGGGGGCAUGCUGGCCCAGUGUCAAGGCCUGUCAAAAGAAGUGACCGAGCUCAGUCAGGAAGAGAAGAAAUUAGAUGAACUGAUCCAAAGCUGCACCCUGGACCUCAAACUGUUAACCGAGGAUUCAGAGAAUCAAAGGUUAGCUUAUGUUACAUAUCAAGAUAUUCGAAAAAUUAGUGGCCUUAAAGACCAAACUGUUAUAGUUGUGAAAGCCCCUCCAGAAACAAGACUUGAAGUGCCUGACUCAAUAGAGAGCCUACAAAUACAUUUGGCAAGUACCCAGGGGCCCAUUGAGGUUUACUUAUGUCCAGAAGAGACUGAAACACACAGUCCAAUGAAAACAAGCAACCAAGACCACAAUGGGAAUAUCCCUAAACCCACUUCCAAAGACUUGGCUUCAACCAACUCAGGACAUAACGAUUGCUCAAUUUCUAUGGGAAACCUUUCUCCUCUGGCCUCCCCAUCCAACCUCUUACAGCAGACUGAGGACCAAAUUCCUUCCAGCCUAGAAGGGCCGUUUGUGAACUUACUGCCUCCCCUGCUGCAAGAGGACUAUCUCCUGAGCCUCGGGGAGGAGGAAGGCAUCAGCGAUCUCUUUGAAGCUUAUGAUUUGGAAAAGCUCCCACUGGUGGAAGACUUCAUGUGUAGCUGAUUACACUUCGUGUGAACUCUCCUUACAAACCGGUAUUUUUUUUAUCAUGGAACCAGAACAUCUGUCAUGCAGUGUUGUCCCUUCCUACCUUCUUCCUCCAAGAGAGUAUCAUGAAGUAAACUACAAACUUCAGAAGAAAGCUGACAUUUUAGUGAAUUUCUUUUUUUUAAUUAAUAAACAAAGUGUCUAAACGCACAGUCGCAGGCUCCCUUGGGAGAGCCUUGCUUUGCUCCAGGCUCCAAGAUCUCCUGGCUAAGUCAGCAAGUGAGAAAAUGUGCAAUCAGGUGUCUCUCACCCCGACUUUUCCUUCCUCCUUCCUUCCCAGAUUGGCUUGCUGUGCCUGACGGAUGGGCUGUAGAAUGGGGUCUGGCCACCUGGCCCACUGGGAAACAGCAUUCUUCCUUAAUAGCAUUUCAAGCCGUGCCUUCUCUGCAGAAUGCAUGUCUUUGGGGUCUGCUAAUAUGGAAUGGAACUGCAGCAAAUGCAAACUUGAAGUCAUGCAAAAGUAUGAAAUGGAUUUCUUCAGCUCUUCUUAGGAAUAUUUAAAUUACUGUCAUAAUUCAGUGUAAGCUAUGGACUGUGUGUCCCAGUAGGAGGUCAAGAAAACCUCCACAGCCUUCUGGAUGGAGAACCUGUUUUCAAAUGUCCUUGUUGCAGAUACAGAAGACUCGUAGAGUUCUGCCACUCUGAGCUGUUGUGGAUUUUCCUGUCUCCAUGAACCACUCCCGUCCCCCUGUCCCCAGUGUAUUUGUGUUUCCAGUUGAUUUGUAGCAAUUGCCUACUUAGUUCUUUGUGGAUCAUUUUAGACUUCUUGUUCUUUUAGCUGCCAUUUAAGCAUUCCUGUGGCACCCAUCACCCUUUCAAUUUAAUUGUUUACUCUGAAGCGGUUUUUGCAAAUUCACAUAACAUAAGCAGAGGGAGAGAACCUCUACCGAUCAGAGCAUCUAAACCUGUGUGAUCUAAGGUUUACCAGCCUCUGCAAGCAGCAUUGUCCCAUCGUGCUUCCGUUCCCAGGAGGGGGAGCUUGGAGCGAGUCAGUCCUGGGGCUUGCUGACAUGGGUGUCCAUUGGAAAGGAGAACCAGGUCAGAUGACGUGACAGCCCCAAGGAGCAGCAGGCAUGGGUCCCUCCAUCCUUGGGUUUCCCGGGCCCCUGUGACCGGGGAAAGGGCUCUCUUACACCGCACUCAGGGAGACCACUUCUCAGGAUGGGGUCAGAUGGAGAGACCUCUAGGGAGAAAGACAUCCCCGUUGUGUGAGUGGCAUUUCCUUAAGCUGGCAGGAACAGGGAGCUCCCACUGUGUCGGGGGCUGGAAUAGUUCUGGCCAGACCCCGUUCCCCUUCCUCUGUGAAGGAAUAAGUUGGACCAAGGGAAGUCGGGAACGUAGAAAAUGAAGCAAAAGAAUGCCAGGGCAUCUUCCGCUUUAGUCUUCAGGAAUGGUGUCCCAAGUUGGAGGCUUUGUGUCAGCUGCAAAUCCUACCAGUUACGUCCAAGAAUGGCUUUCCCUCGGGCAGGUGGCAGUCCCAUCGCCCCCUGGGAAUAUGGCGUGGUAUCUCUGGUCCGUUCCUUGGAUGCCGAGGACUGCGGGAAUGAGGGAGUCAGAUCAAGAACAAACCUCAAAAUGAACAGUUAGACUGAAAUGCUAUGUGCCUGACCCAGUGGGAGGCACGUAGUAGGCACUCAACUCAUAUGUUUAAUUGAAUUGAAAAUGUCCCUUGGGGAAAAAAAAAAAAAACCACAAGAGCCCCAGCCAGUUUACUCCAGGUAGAUUUCCACAAUAUGCAAAGUGGUGGUGGGGUCAAGACAGAUGACACCAGCACUUUAAACUCUUUGUGUGGGUAUGCGUGGGUGUAUGUUUGGGAAGAAAAACAAAGGUGCAGACGAUCUUCCUUUUUUCUUCUUCAGCCUCCAUCCCUGGCCUCCUCCCCUCACACACACUGGACUUGGUACCGAACGUCAGUGUGGUCCGAGAUGAAGCGUUGGGGUGGGGGAGGGAGAGGGAGCUUUGUGUUAAGUGCCUACUGGAAAUGCACUGUGGGGUUUUUUCCUGUAUGGGAAACCAUUUAUGCCAAGCUUUUCCCCAUUUCCCAUAUUUAUCUCAUCUGGUUAGCUGCCUCUGCUUCCAGCUUUGUGUAAUUCUCUUUGCCAGCUGCACAAAGCUGAUUUUUUCCAAAGUCUAAAGACUGAGCUCACCUGGCUAGAUUGUUGUGUGUUUUGUUGAAUUUUUUCAUAAUGUCAUGCCGUAUUUAUUGUUUUAAAAAUGAAAGGAAUACUAAUAAGUCUUGAAAGUUCCUUCAUGCAUAGAUUUUUUUUUUUUUCCAGUUACUGGGCUUAACUGGUGUACAUUAAUUAGAUGUCCAUACUGUAUUCUGUUUUCAUGAAGUCAUUUUCUUUUUGACUUAGUAUCCGGCACACAAUGUGGGUUAGUACUAUAGUAUUUGUGUUACUUUAAGUACUAAGUAUGCAGGUUUCCUGGUACUAUUGAGUUGCUGCUAUUAAAAGCUCACACACGAAAUGGCUAAAAGUUACAAGUUGCGAAUUAUGACUGUGUGAGCCUUAGAAAAUAAAAUGUAUAAAAGGCAACACAUGAGCUGUCAAACAGUGUUAGGUAUGUGUUUAUAUGUAGAGUUGUGCAUAGCAAUUGUUUUAUUUAAGUUGGUUGUAGUCUACUCACGUGUUCAUUAUUUAGCAGUUUUGUACAGAAAUAGCAAUUAAUUUGUAAACACUGCCAGAAUACUUUCUAGCUGGUUUGUAAUUUUUUUAAGAGUGUUGUUUCGUUUUUGUUUUUUUGUUCUUUGUUGUGGUUCUUGUUUUCAUUUUUGUCGUACGUGUAGAUCUGUAAAUAAAAUUGCAGUAUUUAAAGCUUAAGCUUUCAGGAAAAAGAAAAUAGGAAUUCAGUGUGUGCAUGACAACUCGUGUGUAUGAGGAGGAGGGAUUUGAAGGAAGAUGGCUUGCAGAGUAAGUCGCGUAGCAGUUGUCAGGGUGUGGGAAUUUCUUUUCCUACGGGGUACGUGAUUUUGUAAAAAGGAAGUAUUUCUCCCAAAACUGGGAGUAGGCAAACUACUAAUCAGUUUAGCUUUGUGUUGUAUGCUAGUUUAAAAAAGAAAAUAUGUAAUAUAAUGUAAAAAACAACAACAAAAAAAGCUUUUAUGAUGGAUUUUGUAAAUAGAUUUGUUACAGGGUGACCUGUUCUCUAGCUGUGAUCUUACCACUUCAAAUGGGUGUAAUUUGAAUAAAUUUUGUAUGGUAAAGGAUCAAUAAAAUGAUUUUUUUUAAGAGUU